CGACUGUAUCAACUAACUAAAAAUACAGAAAGAGAAAUUAAAAGAAAGAGAGGAGAUCAAAUAUUGUAGCAAUGAGAGCUUUCAGCUUAAUGAUAUGUGUUCUCGUCUUGGCAACGUUGAUUAUGGUGGCCGAGUCUAAGUCUUCCUAUAGUGGGAACGACGAGACACUCACUCCUCCUCCUCCGAUGGCUCCUUCACCGUCACCAACUGGUACUGACGGCGGUCACUUUGGUGAACCCAAGACGCUUCUACCACCUCCAAACGCCGCCACUUUCACCACUUGCCCGCUGUUAAUCACCUCAACAUUGAUUAGUGCCUUGGCUUUCGUCUUCUAAUAUAAGACGUGUUUUUCUUCUUCUUUACUUUGUUUUGAAUUUAUUUCCUUGUUUUGUUUUCAAGUUCAACUCGUGUAUACUGAUCUCCAACUAACCUUCGACUACGAGUAUUCACAACGAUCAGAUAAAUUUUGCGAUGUACUGAUAAACGAAACUAGUACACUAUCCCCAUUUAAUUUGUUGUCUUUUAUUCUCAUAGUAUUAUAGAC